AUGGGAGUAACUGUAGGUGCUCCAAGAAUUCUGCUGGACAACAUGUCUGCCAUAGCACUAAGCAAGAAUCCAGUGCUCCAUGGGAGGAGCAAGCACAUCAAAACAAAAUAUCAUUUCAUUAGAGAGUGUGUUGAUCGUGGAGAGAUCGAACUGGAGUACGUGGGCACCGGUGAUCAACUUGCAGAUAUACUGACGAAGCCGCUUGCAAGGCUGAACGUGGCUGAGCUAGGAACUUGUCCUGAGCCGCCGCGCGACGCGGGCUUCUACACGUACGACGCCUUCAUCGCCGCCGCCGGCGCCUUCCCCGACUUCGGCACCACCGGCGACGCGGAGACCCGGAAGCGCGAGCUCGUGGCGUUCCUGGCGCAGACGUUGCACCUGACCACGGGCGGGGGCACGUCCUCGCCCGGUGGCCCCUACGCCUGGGGCUACUGCUACAAGGAGCAGCUGGAUCAGCGCGGCGACUACUGCCAGCCCAGCAACCGGUGGCCCUGCGCCGCCGACAAGCGGUACUACGGCCGGGGCCCCAUCCAGCUCACCUGGAACGACAACUACGGCCGGGCCGGGGAGGGCAUCGGCGGCAGCGGCGGCGGCCGCCUGGACCUGCUGAACCACCCGGAGCUGGUGGCCAACGACACCCUCAUCUCCUUCGAGACGGCCAUCUGGUUCUGGAUGACGCCGCAGUCCCCCAAGCCGUCGUGCCACGACGUGAUGACGGGCCAUUGGAGGCCCUCCGCCGCCGACGUGGCCGCGGGGCGCCUGCCGGGGUACGGCGUCACCACCAACAUCAUCAACGGCAACCAGUGCGGCCCCGGCAGCAGCCACUACCUUGACGACAACGCGGUGGGCUUCUACAAGCACUUCUGCGACAAGCUUGGCAUGAGCUACGGCGAGAACCUGGACUGCCGCAACCAGAGGCCCUUCGGCCACAGCUUGUUCGUCUUUGAUGCUAUACCUUCUGCGAUACAUCUGGAGCUGCAUAUCCCAUGA